CACACCAACUUGGCGAUGGUUUCGACCCCCGAGAAAAAAAAAGAUGCUUCAGGAUGCGGAUUUGUACGAGGCGAAACCAGGGCACUCACUAGGGGACUGUUGUUUCCAAAAGAUUAAUACGAUGUGGCGAUUGAAUUUGGAACUGGGUGAUAAAAAAAUCAUCGAUAUGGUUAUUUUUGGAGUGCGGGACGAAACCGUAGCCAGGACGCUGCGAUCUAUGAAAAUGGACGACCCAAACGACCUGUAUGCAUGCAUGUGCACGAUUCUCAAGUACACUGACAAGUAAAAAUGGUCGUCCCAAUAUAGAAUUCGCAUCUUGCAGUGAUAGGCCUAAGCGGAGGACAACAGCAGAGAUUCGUGCAUCUGCAACUGUGGAAGAAUUAUCAUGUGCAACUCAAAUUAGCCUCCACAAUUUGCAUUGUGGUUUGCGGGUAAAUUGGCAGACAACCGAACUUUUGUUCCAAAUGUAUUUUUCACAGAUGAAUGUAUAUUUACUACCAACGGGCAAAUAUGUCAUCAAAAUGCACGAAUGUGGUCGUCAGAAAAUCCACAUUGGAAAAGACAAGAAUUGAAUCUCCAGGAUAGGAAGAACAUGUGGUACCAGCAGGACGGAGCUCCUCCACAUUACGCAAAAGAAAUCAGGGAGUGGCUGCGUAAAGUAUUCACAACGACAAAUAGAUAGGCCGUGGUGGACCAAUUUCUUGGCCACCGCCUGAUUUAACCUCGUGCGAUUUCUUCUUGUGUGGUUACAUUAAACAAGAGAUUUAUAAAACGCCGAUAAACAAUAUAACCGACUUAAAAAAUAGAAUACACAAUGCAUGCGUAAAUAUUCCGUGCGAAAUUAUGGACAACGUGGAGAACGAAUUUGUAAAACGUAUAGAAACUUGUAUUUCAAAUAGCGGAAAAUAUUAUCAAAAUCGGAGAGGGACACUCCUCUAAACAAUAUUUCGAUAAGGUAUGGGAAGAAAUCUUCUUCGCGCAUAUUAAUGAUAAAGUCAUCUGUCUUCUGUGCGGCAAUAAGCACUGUGUAGUUAAAAAAUAUACAGUAAUCCCCUCUAUAACACGAUACUCUUAUAACGCGUUUUCAUACAACACGAUUUCAUGUCCCUCAUAUAACACGUGUUUCUCCCCAUGUAACGCGAGGAUUCCCCACGUUAUAUUUCUGUGAAAUUUAUAAUUUGACAGUUC